UGAGAUAGAGUAAGAUCUGUAGAUUUUCACAGUUUUUGGUGACAUUCGACCACCUACUUUCUUAGUUCCUAUCGUCGAAAAAAUCGCGGUGAUGUGUGCUUUUGAAUGAUAUGUGAAUUUGGUGCCUCAGAUGCUAAAUGUUUGUUUAAGAACCUGCUUUAAUUUGCUCAAGAUCUACUCUGAUUGUCUGAAAAGAAACUGCUUUCACAAUAAGUGAAAUUUGAUUUGAAAAGUACCUGAUGCAAAAUAUUUCCCACAUCAUUACGAGAUAGAUAUACCGCUGAGGCAUUGAAAUUUCAGAUCUACGCUGCUAAGCAUUGUUCUCCUGGAUAUCUUGUGUCAUCCUGCUUCCAAGUCCCAGGCAAUUUCCUCUUUAUCGUAAAUGCUGUCAAUAGUAUAUUUUUAUUACUGGUAUUUUAACAAGCUGGUGUUGUGAUGUAACAAACUGGCAGCCAUCUCAUGGCUAGAGCUUGCUCACUGUUUUCAACUGUUGACAGGAAAGUGUCAAGUGGGAUACCUGCUUUUCCAUUGUCAUUACCAAAGUUUGUUGACAAAGCAAGCUCCAGUUUAUUUGGGUAGUCAUAAAUCAGGCAUCACACUUCCCUAUAAAUAUAUGAAGGCAGUUUGACAAUCCAUGGUCUUAAGACUGCUGCCAGAUUAUGAUGCCACAAAUAUACCUAGUUACAAUCGAUGCAGCUUUUUGGACUGGUGAGGGAAUUUGCCUGGCAGAGCAAGAUGACCAUGCAUGAUUUACCUACAGGAAUGUUGCCUGUUGCAUUGUUUUGUCUGCAGCUGCUUACAACUUUCCUGUCGCAGCUGCUUACAACUUCCCUGUCAUAUGGAAAAAGUAAUUGCUGAUCGAAAAUAUCAACCAACCUAGCUAAUACCUAUAUUUCUUUUCAUAUUGGCAGUCAAUUUUCCCAUGGCUGUUAAAUCUUCAUAUUCUUCAGGUGAUUUUCCGUAGGUAUUGAUUUAUUGUGAAGUGUCAGAAAAAACUGCAAAGUAAGGCUACAAAAGUGACAGAGCACUGACCAGCGAGGUUGACAACUGAGUAACUGACACCUGGCAGGGCACCACCUGCAUCCUGCACUAGCUGCCACCAACUGAAAAUUGACUUUGGUUUGUAAUGUUUGUUUCAGCUGCUACUGUACUGUUGCCAUUUCAGAUAAGUUGGAUUCAGACGCAGUCCUGCAGCCAUGAGCACCAUGUCUGUCGACAAUCAGCUGGAGAAGCCGGCGUUCCUCCAGUGCUGUCUGGUGUGUAAUGUCCCGGUACCGGCGGCGGCGGCCGGCGCGGACCCGGAGCGCGCCGCAGAGUCUGCCAGUCUGCGCCAGCUGCUGGCCGGUCACAUCAGCACGGCGGCGCGCGACGAGCUGGACAUUGUGGAGAGCGUGUGCGCGCCGUGCCUGGCCACGCUGCAGCAGUGGAACGCGGCGCGGCUGACGGUGCGCCGGCUGCACCAGGCGCUGGCGGCGCGGUACCGGUGCGCGCGGCAGCGGCGCGCCGCCUGCGUGCUCAGCCUCCACCUGGAGCGGCUGGUGGUGCAGAUCCCGUACGGCGCCUUCCUGCUGAACGCGCGCGGCCUGGCCGGACAGCCGUGGCCGGAGCUGGUGCGCCGGGUGGCCGCUGCUGUCCUGGAGAGUGCCGGCAUCGCGCGGCCGGCGCGCACCGAGCCGCCGCCGCCGACCGGCACCAGGACGGUGGGCUGUCAGACCCCGGCUGAGCCGACCCCGGAGCCGGUGGUGGUGCCGAAACAGGAACCCGAGCCGGCCACAGUAGCGGUCGGCACCGAGCCGGAGCCCGCCGGUCAGCCGGCCGGCCGCUCCCGGCCGGCGGCGGCCCGCAGACCGCGCGGUAAGCGGCCGCGGUCCGCCCUGCAGCCUCCCCGCCCGGCCGAGCAGCCCCCACCUCCCCCUCCGCCGCCCCCGCUGCUGGAGGCGCCCCGGCCGCCGCCGGAGCAGCCGUCACCCCGGCCGCUGCUCGGCUGUCUCCGCGGCUGGGAGGGUAUCACCAACGUACAGCCGUCGGCACCGCAGCGGCCGCCGGCGGCCUCCCAGAAACGGGUCGGCUUCGAGGGUCUGAAGGAGCAGGCGGCGCGCGCCCGGGACCUCGAGGAGACGCUGUCGAUCCUCUCCGUGGCGGAUACGGCCAGUCUGCUGGACCGCACCGAGACCCUCUCCGUGUUCUCAGACACUGCCGACCUCAGUACGCUGGCCGACGAGAACUGGCCGUCCCUGGAGGUGACUGGCGGCACGGAGCCCGACAUGGCCAUCCCUCUCGUGAAGGAGAGGCCCUCAGAGGGCACCAUGUCCGUAUCGUUUGCCGAGCCGUCCGGCGGCGGCCGGCGACCCGUUCGGCGCACCAUCGACAGGGGUGAGGACCUGCUGAGGGAGUUUGCCGAGACCAUGUCCAACAUCUCCGAGGGCGUCGUGCUGGAGGACCUGGAGGGCUACUUCGAGGAGAUCGACCGACCGUUCUCGGGCGGCGGGCGGCCGCUGUCUGCUUCCACCGAGCCGCCGCCGGCGCCGGCCCCCUCCCCCGCCUCCACGGCCGCGCUGCCCGCCGCCCCCGCCCCCGCCUCCGCCCCCGCCGCCGCCCCGACCUCGGCCGUCCAGUGUCCCGUGUGUCAGAAGCAGUUCCGCCACCGGCGCUUCCUGCGGCCGCACCUGCGACUGCACGACGGCUCGCUGUUCCACUGCGAGCGGUGCGACGCGCCGUUCCUGCACUACUACAAACUGCAGCUGCACCUGCGCCGGCGGCACGGUGUGGCACUGCGGUCGGGCCGCGCCGCCGCCGGCCGCCCGGCCGCCGCCCACCGGCGCCACUCGGCCGGCAAGCUGAGCUGCGCCGACUGCGGCCGCCGGUUCACCCAUCUGACCACGCUGCGGCAGCACGAGCGGCUGCACCGCGGCGGAGGCUACCGCUGCGAGCAGUGCGGAAAGACGUUCCCCUCCAAGAGUGAGCUGUCGCGCCACGCCGAUGGUCACCGGCCCGAGAAACUGUACAAGUGCGAGGACUGCGGCAAGGCGUUCCAGGUGUCCACGUCUCUGGCGCGCCACCGAACGCUACACACGGACCGCGCGUCCCGCUGCGACCUCUGCGGCAAGGAAUUCGACCGCAAAGAUACCAUGCUCAGGCACCGCGAGACGCACAAGGCCAGCAACGAGCACUCGUGCCACAUCUGUGGCAAAAUGUACAAACAGCGUCGCAUUCUGGUCAAACACGUCCGACUGAUGCACGGUCCCGCCACCCACGUGUGCGAGGUGUGUAAGAAGACGUUCCGGACCAACUACGAGAUGGUGUCGCACGCGCGCAAGCAGCACGCGAAGGUGGCUCAGCCUGAGGGGCUUGUGUCUGAGCUGCCGGCGCAGCCCGCCUGAGCGGCCAGUGGUGUUUGGUGAAUGGAGCCGCAGGAGUCGGCCGCUGAGCGAUGGACCCCGGUGGACAUGGAGGCUGUGUGGGAGCUAUGGUACAACUGCCCCGUUGUGUGCACCUGUGGGGGAGCUGUAACUGAGCAAUGGUCUGUUCCUCAAACUACCCUUCUCCCCUCCCUAAUGUUAACUUAUCUUCCGUCCUUUCUGACUUCAGAGCUUUCAGCCCUCGUAAACCCAUAACAUCUUAUUUGUCCGUGGUCGUCGUGGCAUGUGAUUGACGA